GCAAGCUAAAACCCUAGUAGUUCUAAGCAAUAGGGCAUAUAGUGAAAUUUCUUGGAAAGUGUCAUCAAAUGGCGUCGAUGAUAUUCACUGACUGUACUUCAACCACGACAUCUCGGCUUCUUCCCUUUCCCGGCCAAAAAUUCCGUCGCAUCCGCCGAUCAGUGCCCUUCCAUUUGGACCGCGCAAAUCCGACCUUCCUCAGAACCAUCACCACCACUCACAAAUUGGCAGUUUCUUCCUCCUCUCACGCCGUUGCAAUGGGUACUGAGACUUCUGCAAAGGUUAUUGAUGGAAAAGCAGUUGCAAAACAAAUCAGAGAUGAAAUAACUGCCGAGAUAUCCAGGAUGAAAGAUGCAAUAGGUGUUGUUCCAGGAUUAGCAGUUAUACUAGUUGGGGAUAGGAAGGAUUCUGCAACAUAUGUACGCAACAAGAAAAAAGCUUGUCAAUCCGUAGGGAUUAAUUCAUAUGAAGUGUGUUUGCCUGAGGACUCCACAGAACAAGAAGUGCUCAAAUAUAUCUCAGACUUCAAUGAUGAUUCCUCAGUUCAUGGCAUCCUUGUUCAGCUACCUCUGCCUUCUCAUAUGAAUGAGCAGAACAUCUUGAAUGCUGUCAGUAUUGAGAAAGAUGUGGAUGGAUUCCACCCGCUGAACAUAGGUCGUUUAGCCAUGCGAGGUAGAGAACCCUUAUUUGUUCCAUGUACACCUAAAGGAUGCAUAGAGUUGUUGCAUAGAUAUGGCAUUGAUAUCAAGGGAAAGAGAGCUGUUGUGGUUGGCAGGAGUAACAUCGUAGGAAUGCCAGCUGCUCUGUUGUUGCAAAGGGAAGAUGCUACUAUUAGUAUUGUCCAUUCCAGAACCAAGAAUCCUGAGGAUAUCACGAGGCAAGCAGACAUCAUCAUCUCAGCUGUAGGACAACCAAACAUGGUGAGGGGUAGCUGGAUAAAGCCAGGUGCAGUUAUUAUUGAUGUUGGGAUCAACCCCGUUGAGGAUGCAAAUAGUCCUCGAGGCUAUCGAUUGGUUGGAGAUGUUUGUUAUGAGGAAGCCUGCAAGAUUGCUUCAGCUGUUACUCCUGUUCCUGGAGGAGUGGGGCCAAUGACUAUUGCAAUGCUUCUCUCUAAUACUCUCACCUCAGCAAAGAGGGUACACAACUUCUUGUGAAAUACAAGUUUCUCCUUAUUUAUGGAAGGGGAUGAUGCAUUCAAAUUUAGUUCAGUUGCCCAAGUGAUACCUGCAUGAGCUUGAGCCACCUUUUAUCUACCCUUUUCCAAUGAGAAGCUUGCAAUGUCACUGCCCCUCCUUUUAAAAGUUAUUUGUAUUUAUAAAAAUAUAAUCAAGUAGAGUCUCAGCUGAUACAAAUAAAAGCCUUUUGAUGUCACUGGCAUGUGGCAUUUUAUCUACAUGGUUUUCCAAGGCAUGGGAGAUCUGCAGUUGUGGUUCAUGUUGUAGGCCGAGUUCCUAUGAAAAUGGUGGAGGGAUUUCAUUUCGAAACAGGAAUGAAGGAUGGAGGAUUUUUACAUGAGAAUAAUAAAUGGUGCUUGUUAAUCUUGCAAUUUUGCUCUGUGUUUCAACCAAGAAAAAGGCUGGAUGCAAAUUUGAUGCGAAGAUUCUUUGUUAUUAA